GAGACGCUGUGGGCUGCAUUUCAUUUGAUAUUAGUGUUCUCCACACGGUUUCCGAGCCUCACAUCAGCGGCCGAUGCACAUGCAUCCAACUUCCAGGACCCGGUCAUUUGUGAAUCUUCUCUUUACAGCACACUGUCGCCGGUUGCCCCGUCCCUCCCUCCGAGCUACCGCUGCCACAUGUGAAUCUGGUGCGCGGAUUAGGAAUAGCCUUCACGGCGGCCGUCGAUAUUGUCACCAUGCAGAGUCAUCGUCUCUGGGGCUGAAUUUGGGGCUUGUAGAUGAUCGCAUCGGGACACACUGAACUACCUCCAGCCUAGUACGGGCAUCAUUCGAUCAAGCCGGCCUGCUAUGGCCUCUACAGUCGACAAUCACGUCUUGCCGACACUGGAUCUCGACAUCGUGCUGGACCUGACGGAUCCUGGGACUGUUGCGGAUAUUCCCGACCUGGAGUUGGAUGACCAGAACCCCUUCUUAGCGGCCGAAGUCACCACGCAAGGGACUACUCCGACCCCUUCCGACGAGGGCGGGGUCUCGACCCCGAACAGCGCUUCGGUGAACACACCACGCACAACGGCUAGCCGCGGCCGACGGAAGGGCAAGGUUGCGACGAAGCCGCGGCGAGUCCGGACUGGCUGUCUGACCUGUCGAGAACGGCAUCUGAAGUGCGACGAGGCCUUGCAUCAAUGUCAGAACUGCCGCAAGUCGGGCAGAAUCUGCAGGCGUGGCAUCCGCUUGAAUUUUAUCGAUACCCAGACCGCGACACCGCCGCACUGCGUGGUCCGUCUACAGGGGAAAGGGAUUACUUUUCGCGAUGAGUCUCGGAUCAUCGCGUCGGAAUACGUGGGCGGAUUUGAGAGGUACCCUCCGCUUGUCGCUGAGGAUGCAGAGCCUCAUGGCAUGGCGGGGUCGUUGAACUCGCACACGCCCGCCACGGCGAAGGAUGGCUAUCUGCAAGGGUUCGGGAAUGCUCAGUCCGACAAUAUUGGCGCGUCACUCAGCGGUCUUGCUCAUUCGGCCUCGUUGUUUCCAGACCCAAGUACCUCGUAUGCCCCCUUUCGGUCGACACGGCAUGGCCAUAUCAACUCGACCAACCAUACGUGUCUCAACAACCCAGAGGAGGUCUUUCUGCUGCAAGUGUUUGUGGAAGAGGUUGGGCUAUGGAUGGACGCCAUGGAUGCGGUAAAGCAUUUUACCCAGGUAUUACCAUUUCAUGCGUUAGAGGAGCCGAUGCUCUUCAAGGCUAUUUUGGCCUGUGGUGCGCGACAUCUGUACCAUGUGAAUUCAUCUUACGGAGAGCAGAAGGCCGCACUCUUUCAUGACGAAGCUUCCCAGUAUCUUCUACGGUCCCUGCAGGACCCGGAUCGCGACUCAGCUUUGUGUGCUACAACCGCCAUCCUUCUGAAUAUCUACGAGCUGAUGUCGGGUCGACCGAUCCAGGGCAUGAGCCAUAUCGCCGGAGCUCGAGCCUUGAUCAAGGAAUGCAAUUGGGAUGCGAAGACCCCUGGACUCGGGGGCGCGUGUUUCUGGUUGAACGUUAGCAUGGAGCUGAUCAGCUGUCUGCACUUCAACUGGGCGCUCUCUUGGAACCCGGAUUCCUGGGGUGUUGAUUUGGAGUUUGACCAGGCCCAGCCGAGUGUGGCAGGCAACGAAGAAGCCUGGACCCACAAGAUGGUCUUCAUUUGUGCCAAGGUCGCGAACUUCCGGUCAUCAAUGGGCCAGGAUCAGGGUGUGGACGAGUCACUCAGUGACGCACGGGUGAGCCAGCGAUACCAGGAGUGGUGUAUGUAUAACGAAUGGUGCGAUCAAUGGGUUCGGGCUGUGCCACGGUCUAUGAUGCCGGUCGGCUAUCUUCAUUCCUGGCAGACGAACUCCAAGUCCGUCUUUCCGGAGAUAUGGCUCAUCAAACGCUCUACAAUCGUGGCUCAACUGCUAUACCACACCACUCGCAUUUUGCUGACGAAAACGAACCCCCUCGAGUCCGAGUUCAGCGCGGAAAUGCAGACCGUUCAGCAGGGCCAUGCGCGAGACAUCUGCGGGAUUGUCGCCCACUCGAAGGAUCGGGGCGUAGCGAGUCUAUCCAUCCGAUUUCUAGCCAUCGCCGCCGGAUGUCUCGUGACGCGCGAGGCGCAGCACGAGGUCUUCGAGAUUCUGGAUAAUAUCAUCAAGGAGACGGGGUGGCGGACGGAGAACGUCAAGAACGAGCUGCAGGCGGCGUGGGGCUGGAGCAGCCACCACGGCCCACCCAUGGCGACGUCGGAGGAGAUCGUGGCCAUGUUUGGGGACGGCAGCGAUCAUCAGGCCCUGCGGCCGAGCCACCUUCCGGCGCCGGAGUCGAAGAUCGUGGGGGCGGUCAACCCGCUGAUGGCGUCGGCGGAUUUCUCGAUGGAGAAUCAUCCGUACCAGGAUCAUUAUGUUGCACCGCAUCGCGCGCUGGGGGGGUUUUCGUUUGGGUUGUAGAUUAGGGUGGUUAGGCGUUUGGUAGGGGUUUGGCCGUGAUAUCCAGCGAGGGUGGACUUUCGGUGCUUUAGAGUGUACAGUAACUUGCCGUAUUCUAGGCUUUGGUUAAAU